AUGACCGAGGACCCACCUACACGCACAGACUCCUCGAGCGAGGAGUUAACCACCUCUUGCACCACUUUCCCACCGUUUUCUCCACACUUCCAAUGGGACCAGACGACUGAGUUAGGAGCGUUUGCGCAGCAUGCUCCAGAGUGUUUCCCGGGAGGCCAUCGGACUUUGCGUAAUCCCUACCGCAGCAUUGACUUUGACUCCACAGAGAUCCAGAACACGGCCAUCCAGGAUCUGAUCUGUGACCACUCGCUGUCGCCGGGCUGGUACCGAUUCAAGAUCAACAACAAGCCGGCGGAGAUGCCAACCAGCUGCGUCGAGAUGAACCGUUGUGGGACGCAGGCGCCGGUGUGGCUGUCACUGAAGGAUACCUCCCUGCCUCGGCCCGGUGAGGUCCGCCAGCUCUCCGCAUGUGCCACCUGGCAGUUUUUCCACGGCAGCACCAAAGACUGCUGCCUCUUCCGCAUUCCCGUCACUGUGCGAAACUGCGGCGAGUUCCUGGUCUACUAUCUGCAGCCCACGCAAGGGUGCAUGGGAUACUGUGCUAAAGAUGCUCCAGAUUUGGGACCCAGACUCUGCCGACCAGGUGAGGUGGAAGUCAACGGUCGAUGCAAAGCUGCCAUGCCACCCCUGCUGUCCCGCCCGGUGAUCGUCCCAGAGCUGAUCGGCCACAGCGUCCACUUAAGAUGCUCCUUCAUCCCGCCGCCGUGGAGCCAGCCUCUGGGCUUCCACGUGGUUUGGGCCAGACAUAUCGGCCACAGCAUGAAGGCUGAGAUCAGGCAGGAAUCCACGCUGAAGCCGUUCUCGCUGGUGGAGAUGGAUGGUGUUCAUUUCAGACUGGGGGAAAUGUUCUCCUGCAGUGUGUCGACUUUAAGAGCCAACUCCAGCCACAGUAGAUCCACUCCAAAAGAAAGUGAGAGUUUCUAUGCUGGACUAAAGUUUUCUCCAGAUUUGCUGUACAUAGCGGAGAACAGUAAGGAGCAUGAAGUGACCGUCCACAGCACUGUACCGAUCCCCUGCUACGGCCCCAACCACGGCCACCAGUGUGGAGUCCCUCUGGCUCUGAAUGUCAACGAUCCAGACAGUCUCAGACACGAGGCCUCCAAUGUGGUGCUGUCUGCCUGCCAGGUGGAGCUCCAGCCAACCGCCUGCAGUGAUGGCAGCUGCGGCCAGGCGACAUUUUUUGUCACUGCCGUUACCGAUUUCACACGUGACGGCAACAGGCCGAGUCUGAUUGGUGCUCUGCCCGGACCCAGUGCUCCGCGACUCUGGAGGACCUACGUUCCAAUCUCACUGAAAGUCACGGUUCAGGACGUUCCCACUUCCAUCUGCUACUCCCUGACUGAUCCACAUGUCAUUACACUGGACGGCAGACGUUAUGAAAACCACCAGACUGGCACCUUUGUACUUUACCGGAGCCUCGCCAGGGAGUUCGAGGUCCACUCUCGCCAGUGGGACUGUGGCAGUCGACAUUAUGCAGUCGCCUGCAACUGCGGCAUGGCGGUGCGAGAGGGCAAUGAGGUAGCUGUAUUCGACAUGUGCAAUGGCCAACCACAGGAAACGAGGCCUCGGCUCACCCUGAAGAAACUGGGUGAUGAUGAUAGCAAGAGCAGCCAGGUCAGGGUGCUCGAAACCUACCAGGGAAAGAAGGUCACCUUGAUCUUUCCCUCCGGGGCCUUUGUCAGGGCCGACGUGGACGAUUGGGGGAUGAGCCUGUCCAUCCGGGCGCCCAGCGUUGACUACGGAAAUACACAAGGCCUCUGCGGCACCUUUGACCACAAUGGCAACAACGACUUCCACGGCUCUGAUGGUGGCUCCUACGGCCCUGAUGACCUGCAUCACUUCAUAGAGGACUGGAGGAUAGCUCCGGGUGAGAGUUUAUUUGACAAGAUGCCUCCUGGGACAAGUCAAGAGGUCAGACGCCCUUUCUGUCAGUGCCAAAAAGGAUACAGCACUUCUCAUCAUGCUGGCAGAGGGAUGGGGAACCUCUACAAUCCUUCCGCUCACUCUGACUGCAUCGCUUAUGAUAAUGUGGAUUACACAUCUGUGUUCCCCUCUAUGGACACAACACUGGAAUAUAUCAAGAGUGCAGAAAGAGAGGAAAGUAUCCUGAAUAUGUCUUCCUUUAACAGUCAUCCUCUUGAGAGGGAGAACCUUAAGUUCCACAGUGAGAAGAGGCAACACAGUGACAGUGAUGAUAAACUAGAUUUUGAGUUCAGGGAGGACCUUCUCCUUUCCGUUGACAGACCAAGGAGACAGGCAAUGUUUGAAUUCCAGCCUGUCUUCACCACUCAAAGCCUCAGCCAGGUUGAUCUGGAAAGCCUGGCCUACUUCUUCCCUGAGGAUCACCUGGCGGAAGCACGACCGGAGGUGGACCCUCAGUGGCCCACGCCAAGUGGCCUGACCUCGGCCAAAGCUCUGGAAGUGUGCCAGAUGGCUUUGGCCAACUCCACUGUUGGUGCAAUGUGCCGGGAGCUGCUGGGACGCCGCCUGGACGAGGCUGUGGAUCUCUGCAUCCUGGACCUGCAGCUGAAAGAUGACCUGGGCUGGGAGGAGGCUCUGUUGCCAUACCUGGAGAACGAGUGCGAGAGAAGGUUGUUGGAAAACCGGACCCAGAGAGCACUGGAGCUGAGUAGCUCACCGGGAACAUCAGGAGUGGUGACAGCGCUGCGCUGCCCCAACUUCUGCAACGGAAACGGAGAGUGUACAGAGUGGGGCUGCCAGUGCCAUCGCAGCUACAGCUUCUACGACUGCAGCCUGGCCAUAAGCCAGCCAAUUGAAAUAACAGAUUUGGAGAACAGUGGCCUGUGUGAUAUCCGAUCAUUCGACUGUCGCAACGUUCGGGUCUUCGGCCUCGGCUUCAUCGACUCUCCUGACCUGAGCUGUCAUGCCAUCAGAUUGAAGUACAUGAACGGAGUUUGGGUUCCAGGUGAGAAACAGAGAACAAAAGCCACUUUCCUCAGCUCCAAAGCUUUAGACUGCGCUGUUCCAUCCCUGAGCAACACGGCCAUCAAUACAGAAGACUUCAUGAUGGAUGACAAACCAUAUGCACGCUGGGAGAUUAAGGUGACCAAUGAUGGUUCCCAGUACAGCCCAGCGAAGGUGCUGACUAUCUAUGAUGGUGUUUGUCAGGUCUGCGAGGCGUCACGCUCAGGACUCUGUAAGUUAAAGGACCGGACGUGUAACAUCGACGGGAUGUGUUUUGCAGAGGGAGACGCCAAUCCCAGCAGCCCUUGCCUCCUGUGUGAUCCUGACACCUCCAAAGUCACCUGGUCUGUGAACCAAGUCAACGAGCCGCCAGCCUUCCACCAACCUCAGACCGACCUGCGGACAUUCGCAGGGGAGAACUUUGUCUUCCAGUUCGCUGCAUCAGACCCAGAGGGUUCAGCGCUCCUCUUCCAGCUGGAGGAAGGACCAAAGGGGGCCAUUCUCUCCCCGGCCGGCCUCCUCAUCUGGAGGGUCCCAACGCUUCCCACGGAGGAUGGACAUCAAUUGAGCCCCUCCGUCCACUUCACGCUGUCGGACGAGUGCAACGCCCAAAGCAGCUUCACCGUCCAGAUCGAUGUUGUGCCGUGCGGCUGUCAGAACGGAGGCUCGUGCGUGACGGAUGUCAAUUUCCCCGCCGGCAGUGGGAAAUACCUGUGCGUAUGUCCCGAGGGGACGCAGGGCGACCUCUGCGAAGAGGAUAUAGAUGAAUGUUUGUCUGCUCCGUGCGCGGCCGGCAUGUGCAUCAAUACAGCUGCUGGGUACAGAUGUGAAUGUCCUGCGGGGCUGAGAGGUGUAACGUGCCUGGAAGAUAUCAACGAGUGUGAAAAGAAACCCUGCUUUCCAGGAGUGCAGUGCUUCAACAGCUUUGGCUCCUAUGGCUGCGGCCCCUGUCCCAAAGGCAUGCUGGGAAAUGGGACAACAUGUGUGGCAGUCGUGAGGGCAGCCACCAUCACUUCCACAUCUGCUCCUCGUACAACUGUCUACAAGAUACCAGAUGUUCGGCCCAAAAUAAAGACAGACGCUUUCCAGAAGACCUCAAGUGGUAGCUCCCCGCAGAUGAGGGCCGAGGCGGGGAAGACAGUUCCAAGAAUUGACCCUGGUCGAUCACAAACUAAGACCACCACUUGGAGGAGGACUCAAGGAGUUAGCCCAAAACCAUCCCUCACUGAGGCAGAAUCUAACAAGAGCAUCAAAACUACUACAUCGUCCCAAACUGAGACUGAUACUUUAAAGAAGACUCACGAAAUUGAGCUUAAUCCUUCCACGGCUAACACAGACCCAGCUGAUCAGUCCAAAAUCAGCAAUGCUAUCGCUACGACGUCCACAGUAGCCCAACCACCAGGAAGACCAGCUGCAGGAUCUGGUCAGUCUCCUGCUGUCAUCGUCUCAGCUACGUGUGCCAGCAGGCCUUGCUUCCCCGGGGUUCAAUGCAUCAACCGCAGGCCUCCACAUGUCGGCUAUGUCUGCGGCCGCUGUCCACCCGGCCUUUACGGCAAUGGACGCAUCUGCAUGAAGAACGCCAAGGCAGCGUCCAAUCAUCUUAAUCAGCAGCAGACAAUAAGCAAGACCAGCCGAUCCCCGCACGGAAGCACCAGCAAGGUUUCCCAGCUCCACUUACCUGCCUUGCCAAACAGGCACGGUAUCAAACACAUGUCCGUGUCUGUCAGCAGAGCGAACAGAGAUAACGCUCCACGCCAGGUUCCCCCCUCUGGGAGGGGAGGUGGGACAGGGAGGAGAGAGGCCGUCGCAAUCACCCGACAAAACCCCAGAUCAGACGCCAGGGCGUAUGGCAGAUCUAGCAUCACUACCUCCAGGGAGUUUGUAGCUUCCCAUGUGACCGUCUCCAAGUCUGGAGGAGCGUUGACAGGUGCAACAACGUCCAGAGUAACUCCUCCAGCUCCUCAUCUCUCCACUGGUGAAGUGACACAGCCAAAAAAAACAACUCAGCCACAGCUCAACCACUUGGCGUCCACCCAGGUCAAACCCUGGACCCCUCCAAGACCGGCCCGACCACUCACAGCAGCCCUCACCGCUCUGUCUUACUCGCUGUCCGAGACUGAGUUCUCUGCAGACGGAGACGAAGCAGAGCCUGGAUCCCAAGGUCCAGAGGUGCUGCUGCCAGUGAUCCCAUCACUGACUUUCACAACACCAGGCAGGACAAUCUACAGCUCCGCCCUCCAAAGAGCUACUCCCAUCCAACCAGGGGUUAGGAGUGCAAUGACAGCGGAGAAAUAUAUGAUGUCAUGCGCUGACCGGCCGUGUUUUCCUGGCGUCCAAUGUGAACCGGCCAUGGAUGGAGGUUUCCGCUGUGGGAGGUGUCCUGUUGGAUACACCGGAGAUGGACGGGCCUGUCGAGCUGUCUGCAGGCACACAUGUGGAAGGAACAUGGAGUGUGCGGCGCCAAAUACGUGUCGCUGCAAACCGGGCUACACUGGAUUAGACUGUCAGACAGCAAUCUGUGAGCCUGAGUGUAUGAACGGAGGAGCUUGCAUUGCUCCAGGCGUGUGUCGGUGUGUCGGAGGAUUUCAUGGAGAGAACUGUCAGGAAGCUCUGUGCAGGUUACCCUGUGAAAACGGAGGCACCUGCGUUGGACUGCAGACUUGUUCCUGUCCUUAUGGUUUUGUUGGACCUCGAUGUGAAACCAUGGUGUGUAGCCGCCACUGUCACAAUGGAGGCCAGUGUGUGUCACCGGACGAGUGCAUGUGUCCAUCAGGCUGGACUGGACGAACCUGUGAGAUAGCUCUUUGCUCUCCAGUCUGUCUCAACGGAGGUUUGUGUGUUCGGCCAAACGCCUGCGAGUGUCCUCAUGGUUUCUACGGUGCACAGUGUCAGAACGCCGUCUGCAGUCCUCCCUGUAAGAACGGAGGUUUGUGUAUGAGGAACAACGUCUGCUCCUGCAUGCAGGGAUACACCGGGAGGCGCUGUGAGAAAAGUGUGUGUGAGCCCAUGUGUAUGAACGGCGGCAGGUGUGUGGGCCCAGAUGUUUGCGACUGUCCGUCAGGCUGGCGAGGAAAGAGAUGUGAUAAACCCAGCUGCCUGCAGAAGUGUCUGAACGGAGGCGAGUGUGUGGGUCCCAACAUCUGCCACUGUGCAGCCGGAUGGCAGGGCAUGUUGUGUCAGAUCCCUCACUGUCAACAGAAAUGUCUCUACGGCAGUCGCUGUAUCCGACCAAACGUCUGCGCCUGCCGCAGUGGAUACUCAGGCUCUCUUUGCUCCAAGAGGCUCCCUAUCGCUCAAGGUUGACACCACCUAACAGCUGGAGGGCCAAUCAACACCGAUAAAAACCUGCGAGAUCCAGAUCCAGAGCCGUCAGCUUAAAGCAUCGUCCAAACUUGU